AUGAUUGGAAGUGGCAGAUCAAGAAAAGUUUAUCGUGUUCCUGUCAAUCGUACAUGUGAUGUUAUUGCCGUGAAAAAGAUUUGGAAAGAUAAGAACUUAGAAGAGAAGCUUGAAAAAGAAUUUCUUGCAGAAGUGAAGAUAUUGAGUUCCAUUCGACAUGCCAACAUAGUGAAGCUGAUGUGCUGUAUAUCCAAGGACAAUUCAAAACUUCUUGUCUAUGAGUACUCGGACAAACGAAGCCUGGAUCGAUGGCUGCACAAGAGAAACAGGCCAUCCAAUCUCUCGAGGUUAGUCCAACCUCAUAUGCUGGAUUGGCCUAAGAGGUUGUACAUUCGUGGGUGCAGCUCGGGGCCUCUGCUAUAUGCAUCACUACAGUGUGCCACAAGUUGUGCAUUUGGCUACAUUUAUGUUGUAGCCCACAAAUGUUGA